AUGAGGUCUCGUGUUCUUCCCUCUGCUUCUGCAGCGCACAAGAACAAUCACCAAGAACAGAAUUCACACCUUGAGGAAUCCUCAUCGCCCAUGACUCUGAACCUUCCAUUCUCUGUUUUCACUCAUAAUAUCCUUCAUACUUCCAGGAAUGACUUGAGUAGCAGUGAUGAAGAUUUGGAAAAUUCUCCUCUACUCGUUUCACAACAACUAGAAACUCCUUCUUCGGACGUGUUUCAUUCUUCAAAUAAUGAUUCGAGUGAAUUGUCAACGACGGCGGACGGUUAUGUCAUGGUCAAUAGUGUGGAAAACGACGAUCUUAAUGAUGACGAUCACAACUUUACUGGUGCAACCACAUUGAAUAAUAUUCGUCGUAGGCGUCGUCGACGUGUUUUCUCGAGAAUGGAUGAGGAUUCAUUCAAUGAACAUGACCAGUCUGUCACCGGACCACACAACAAUCAUCUUCAUAACAACACGAACGACGUCGAUGAUUUCAAGCUUAAUCGUUGUUUUGAAAGUACACCUGAUGAAGAUAGUGAUCAUCGUUAUCGAAUGACGUGCAUGAAGGAAGUUAUUCUAAAGCAAUUGUACAAAAAUGCACAAGGUUCGAAUCGUCAAGACUUGACUCAAGAAUUGUCACAAAUGGAAUCCUCUCGAGAAGCGUCCCCUAAAAAGAAGGACAAACAAGCUGCUGACGCAUCGUUGUGUGCUCCAGCUGAACACGAUCAAACUAGCUUUGAACCCCUUAAUACCAUAUUAAGUGAAGAACCAUUCGAAAACAAUAUUCGAAAUACAAUUGCUUUCACUUCCAUGGUGGGAGAGGGAGAAUCUGAAAGUAGUGAAGAAUUUUCCAUGCUUGAAAAGAUUUCAAAUUCAAGUUCCGAGUCACCUACAACCUCUCCACUGUUGUCGUCACACCAUGGCCAUUCAUCUACUCUUCUCGAUGCACAUCAAGCAAGUGUCGGAGAGGACUUGUUGAAACAUCCCUUAUGUGAAACUCCUAAAAUUAUAUCUGAGGAAUUGUUUUUAGAUCAUCAUCGCCAUGCUUCGAAUGGUGGACCAACAGCUGUUACUUCUUCGAGCUCAGCCUCGAAUUUGCCAUUUGAAUCGAAUGGUCACUUGCAUGGACACCAUCAUCAUCAUGGCCAUAUUCAUGGAAAAUCCAUUCAUCAUGUAGGUAUGGAUGUACCAACAUCAACCACUGGUCACACCUCUUCCUCCACACAACACUGGUCCAUUGAGAAGGUGAGAGAACAAAUUCGAAAUGAAUUAUUAUCUCGACUUGAAGCCAAUCAAACACGAUACGAUCAUCAGAAUCAGACCCAUGUCUCACGAGGAUACAAUAUUGUACUUGCAGGUUGUAGCCAAAGUGGAAAAUCACAACUCAAAUCUCUAUUGUUCUCGGUCAUGAAUUUUGAGAAUGAACACUCGAUUAAGGCACCUCUCGGAAAUCAUGCUGUUGAAAAUAAUUCCAAACUGACUGCAGAUUCUGAUGGUGAAUGCUACUCUCUUCCCAUCUUUAAGAAUUUAGAUCACACCACUCGUACACGAUGUCUCGUUCAAGAUUCAGUUCCAUUGCGUGUGAGAAAGAGUGCAAACGCCGAACAGAGCAAUGACACUCUAACUUUCCCUUUCAUGUUCUCUGAUAUGCCUGGUGUGAAAAACGAAAAUCAACUCUCCACAUACAUUGAAAUGUUAUCAGCCUUAUAUAUGGGAACAUAUGGAGAGGAUGAUUUCGUUGGAAGCUUUGAAGAGAAUGAGAGCUCUCAAACCAUAUUCUCAAAUAUGUUUUUCGAGAAUAGAAGAUCGUAUAACAAGAUCCAACGAGAGUAUCAUCAUUUGAUUGUGUUGACCAUUCCUCUCAUGUGUACAUCUCUCGAAUUGAAAUUGAUCAAACAUAUUCAACAAAGUUUGGAUGAAAGAAGCAUUCCUUACUUGAUUGUAGCCACAAAGGCAGAUAUGUUGGAUGGAUCUUUCAUGGCACCGAAUCAUCAUCAUCAUCAUCACCACCAAACUUAUUCACAUACACAAGCGCUCGAUCUUCACAAACCAAUUACCACCACUUCAGUUCAACAACUAAUUGAAAUGAAAAAACAAGAAAUUGCACAAGCAUUGGGCAUGAGAUCGUUUGACAUUCUCACCAUUGGAAUGAGUGGAGCGAGUCGUUCCAAUUCACAUUUGCAUCAUCAACCAUUGAAUUAUGAAGGUUUACAGGAUUAUGAGUCAAUUCAUCAUGAAUUGUAUCAUCAAAGUAUGGUGGUACUGAGACAAAUCAUUCUCAAUUGUCAUCGAGUGAGAAAUAAUGAAAUUAGGAUGGGAUGGAUUGAAUGGUUUGUGUUUUGGUUGUGCAUGUUGGUCAUGAGUAAGGUUCGUUCAUGGACUCUCUUGAUGCAAUGGUGUUGGAAUGCCAAUCGUCCCCUGGUGUGUGAUCAUCAUCAUGAUGCAUCUCUUGUUGAAACAACCAAUAAGGCACAGUCACCACCGAGUGAGAAUGUGUUAAAUACAAGUCCUGCCACAGCAACCGUUGCCACACAAACACUCGAGUCGUCAGGUCCAAGCUUGAAGUGUUGGGAGUAUGUUUCGAAUCAUCCUCAGGACAAUUCAAUCAAGUCAUGUCCAACUAAUUCCCCUUCUUCAACAAUUUCCAAGAAGAAUCACGAUGAGGAGCAGGUCCAGCAAUCAGGUGUGCCUCCUACUUUACACACUUCAAAAACUGAACCGGCAAAUUUACCUACUGUACCUUGCGGUAACGAAAAAGACGAGAAUUCACAUCCAACAGUCGUGCCAACAAGUGAUGAAAUUGAUACGCCUCAAGAGAGACAUCAAGAUGUGACGAAGAAACGGAAAUUUCACAGAUUAGAAAAGAGACUGUUUUAUAACAGAAUAUUCCAAGCUACAGUACUUACAAUGCUAGCCAUUCUCAUGUUUCAAACGUUAAUGAUUUUUCUGGUUGUUUAA